AUGUCGAAGAGAAUAAUGUGUGAAGUAUUCUGUACUGCUGAGGACUUAGGAAUGGACAUCUUUUAUAGCGAUACGGACAGUAUGCAUCUCUACAAUGAAGAUAUCCCUCGUUUAGCUGAAGAUUUGAGAAACGUUAUGGAAGAGUUCUCAUUGGUAAAAACCUUGGUCAAUUUCAUAGCGACUUUGCAGAAAUCACAAAAAGAUAAACAAAGUUUAGCAUACAAGUCAAUAUUUUGUGGAAAGAAGACUUACAUAGACUUACCCACGAAUGAUUUAAAUGAAGUUGCAUUUCACUGCAGAAUGAAAGGCGUGAAGCAAGAUGUUAUUGCUUUAACCGCUAAUGAAAUGUUUCCUGACUCUGUUCAGUGUUUCUAUGAUGAAGAUAAAGGUUUAAUGGUUCCGCAAGGAAAAUUUGACAAAGACUCUGAGUUCAGUGUUAUGAAGUUAUAUAAAGCACUUUAUGACGGUCAAGAGAUUGCAUUCGACUUAUGUAAGUCUGCUACACCUGCAUUUGAAGAGAAGUUUAACUUUUCUAUUCAGACUAAGACUUCAUUCAUAAGAAAGCUUAAGUUCUGA